UGACUACAUGUGCAUAUUAUUUGUUGAUCACAAAUUUUUGUAUAAAAUAGUUUUAUUACGAGACAUUGAGAUGCCUCUCAUACAUGAACUGAACUAUGUACCAUUCAACAUUGAAUACUCUAUUGAAAUUGCUACGGAUGAUUUGACAUGUUGUCUAGCGAUAUACCACUGUUGGUAGAACCUUUGAGAUCCACGGUGACGGCAGUGUUUAUCCGACUAUGAUCAAGAAAAAAUCAGUCCAAUUAAUAAGAGUAUAUGAUUGUUCCCGAGUUGAUCAUCAAACAAUCAAGCCUGUAAAUCAUCAAAUGAGGAUGAGGUUUGACGUCCCUUCUCCUCCUUGUGUAAAAGCAAAUUCUGGGUUUUUCUCUUUGAACACAAUGUUCGCAGAUAAGGAAAACAAAAACCCUAAUAAAGUAUAUGCAAAUUACUAGGGGUAACCCAAUGCACAAAGCGUCUCCGCAGAGAAGUUGGAAGGUUCUCACCAAAAGGAGUCAAACUUUAUUCUGCAUUUCUGCAAAAGGCUGUUUGAUGAAAGCCGCUUCAGAGUGCUUGCUCGACCCGGUUGAGCAAUAUGGCUCGAUCAAGCUCGUAGCCACAAACUUAGGGAAAUACUCCGAGCAAAACCUGGAGGAAACUCAACCAGGCUAAUCAAAGAAUCAAAGAUAACAAUCUCUGUGAGAAGGGAAGUUGAUAAGAAAUAUACUAUGACCUAGCUUUAUGUGACUAAAAAGGUACUGAUGAUAGGGGGACCAGGGCAUAGAAAAUGGGUCACGACAAAUCGAGAAAAGGGUUUAGGAUAGCUAUCUCAAGGCAGAAAAAGAAGCUGCCAAAGUUCAGUAGCAAAAUGUGCGACUUUAAUCUUAAGGAAUCAUUUCAACAUCCAAUUGAAAAACCUUUUGCUUUUAUCAAUCUUUUUAGCUAGCUAGCUGCCUUCAAACUGAUAUAAAUUUCGUGCCAGUCCUGCCUCCUCCUUCAAGCUCUUCUCACAAGAUUUUAGUUGUACCACAAUUUAUAAUACUUGUGAAGGACAAAACUCCUUAAGGUCUAUGAUGGACUACAGAUCAACCAAAUCAUCCGAGACUUCAAGGAACAAAUGUGCUGCAUGUUAUAGACAAUUUAACAAAAUGGAGCACCUUGUGGAUCAUAUGCGGACUUCUUUCCACUCAGUUCAUGAACCCAUGUGCGGUGUAUGCAAGAAGCAUUGUAUAUCCUUUGAAUCACUCAGAGAACAUCUUAUUGGACCAUUGCCAAAGGUUGAAUGCGCAAAGAUAUUCAGCACCCGAGGAUGCAACAUAUGCUUAAGCAUCUUUGAUAGCCCUAACACCCUAAGAAUGCACCGAGGGACAUGCCAACUCCCUCGCCCAAAUGCAUUGGUUUCUCGCAUGACAAACUUAGGAAUACAUGAUGCAUUGAAGAUAGAUAAUGCUAGAGGAGGAACUCUAAAAGUAGUUGCACUUGCUUGUAAAAUGGUAGGUGGUGGGAGUGAUGGAUCACUAGACAUAUGCGCUAGGGUUUGCUUAACUGAUGAAUAUGAUAACAUCAUUUUUCAUACAUAUGUGAGCCCUCAAAUUCCUGUCACUAACUACAGGUGUGAAACAACAGGAAUUAGGCCUGAGUAUUUGAGGGAUGCUAUGCCGCUGAAGCAAGUUCAAAGGAAGAUUCAAGAUUUCCUUUGCAAUGGAGAACCUGUAUGGAAAAUUCGGUCUAGGGGAGGAAAAGCUAGGAUUCUUGUAGGGCAUGGACUAGAUCAUGACCUUGAGUGCUUAGGAAUGGAAUAUCCUUCAAUAAUGAUCAGGGACACGGCAAAAUAUCCUCCAUUGAUGAAAACAAGCAAGCUUAGCAACUCACUUAAAUACCUAACACAAGCAUACUUGGGUUAUGAGAUUCAAACUGGAUUUCAAGACCCUUAUGAAGACUGUGUUUCAACAAUGAGACUCUACAUGAGAAUGAGAUCUCAAAAUCAUAGAGCGGAAGAGUAUCCAUUAGCUAGUGAUCCACAGAAUCGUAACAAUUUCGGGCAAUGGAGGGAAGCCGAACUCCAGAGAAUGACUUCAGAAGAACUCUUAAAGAUUUCCAGAGCUGACUAUUACUGCUGGUGUUUAGACAUAAAGGGAUAUGCUUGAAACAAAUUUGAUCCUUUAUUAUUGUUCACAAAUAUGGAGAAGGCAAACUUCCUAUAGGGCUUGGGGGUAUAGAAACAAAUAUGAAUAAACCACAGUCCACAAAAUUUGAUCAUUUACCUUAUAAUUAGUCAACAUAUUUGAGUACAUUUUUAUCUAUAAUUCAUGAUGUUUCCAUACAGUGUAAUAUUAUAUUAAUUUACAGCCUCAAAGAAAGCAUUUUGUAGCGUUUCA